GCUGUUGGCCCGUGCUGGGGAGCAGCAGGGGGCUGCUGAGCACCAGCCAGGGGUAAAUCCUGGGGUAAACCCCAGGAAAGGGGAGGUGCAGCAGCUAUUCCUCAUCAGAAACUUCCCUCAAUCCCCCAUUGCUAAAGGCAGCAGAUGCUGCCCAAGCCCUUUAACUCUGCUCAAAGUCCCCACAAGCAUCUGACAGGAGCUGUGGCUCCCUGAGGGCCACAGGGAUUUGGGAUGGGUUUAACCCACAGGGGUAAAGCCCCCACUGUGCACACACCAACCUCAUGUCCAGGCAUCCCCUGGCAGAGCAUCCCCCUGCCCUCCCCGCUCAUACCCCUCCCCUGGGUGUGCAGCCUCAUGGGAGUUUGCACCCCCCCAUCCUCUUUUUAGCACCCCCAGCACUCAAUUGAACAAGUGAUUUGCUGAAUUGGGGGUCCCCUGUGCCAGCCCCUGAGCCCCAGUGCAAGGCUGGGUCCCACUUGAUGGAUUUUCCUCAGCUGGGGAGAUUGGCUGGAAAAAGGGCCAAAUCCAUCACUGUCCAGGCGCUAAAUUUAGCUGGAUACGCAGAAGGCAGGGGCUGUACCAGGAACUGGGGGGGCCUUGAGGGGCCCUGCCUGCCUUCUGCUCUCUCUGCCAUAGCAGAGUGCAAAGGGGAAAGAGGGGUCAAAGAACUGGGUGAAAGGGGGUCCUGCAGGGCCAGGUGGGACCCCAACACCCUCCCCAACCAUCACACCGCACCGUUUUGCAUCAGCCCUGUCCCUGCUGCUCCCCAAACCUGCCUCAUCCCUGGGCUUUGAGCAUCCUGGAUGGUCCAAAAUCUCCUUUCCAGAUUCUCUGGAGACACUCCUUGGGCAGCUCUGGGGGAGCCACGCAGACCCUCAAGGGCUGGAUAGCCCAGUCCCAGGCUCUGAGCAUCCCAGGGAUCCUGGGGAGUGCCAGGCAUGGGAUACAGGCAGGAUCCCUUGUGGUGGUGAAAUGCGACGGGUGAAAGGCAACAGCUCUGGCUACUGUGGUUGGGCUGGGACACCCCCCCCACCCCACCCCACAAAAAAAGCCUCUCUUGACCGAUGUGACACCCACCUUUCUCCUGUCCCCCUGCAGAUGUGCACCCCCAGCAACACGCCCGCCACGCCGCCCAACUUCCCGGACGCGCUGGCCAUGUUCUCCAAGCUGCGCACCUCGGAGAGCCUGCAGAGCAGCAACAGCCCCAUCACCUCCAUGGCCUGCUCCCCGCCGGGCAGCUUCAGCCCCUUCUGGGCCUCCUCGCCCCCCAGCCACCAGCCCGCCUGGCUGCCCCCGUCCUCGCCCACCACCCACGGCCUCCACCACCACCUGCACCACCCGCAGCCCUCCUGGCCCCCCGCGCCCCCGCCCGCAGCCCCCCCACAGAAAGCCGUGGCCACCAUGGACAGCCAGAGAUAAGACUGGGGCUGGAGGAGGGUUGGGGGGUGGGUUGAGGGAAGGGAAGGGGAGGGGCUUCUGGGCCGGGGCGUUGGGAGCGGGGGCUCCCCAAGAAACGCACUGGAAUAAUUUUCUAGGUUUUAUUAUUAUUUUUAAGGGGGAGUGGGGAUGGAUGGAUGGAUGGAGCACGUGCUGCCGGGGAGGGCACCAACCCCUGAGUGCCUCUGCAAGAGUCGCUGGCUGGUCUUUUCUCCUCCCCUUGCCCCCCCCUUGUUUUUUUUAAAAUAUAUAACUAUAAUAUAUAAAUAUAUCUAAUGUAUAUAAAUCCAGAGAGAAGGAGCAGCAGCGUGGAGGCAGCUGCUGGGUGUCUGGGGGGUUGGUUUCCCUAUGGCUCUACCCCCACCCAACAUCCCUACAUCAGGGCAGGAGAGGGAAGUGGGGGGGUGGGACAGGAAUAACAAAAAUGAAUGGAUGGAGGUGGCUGUCAGCACCCCAGAUCAUGGCCAUGGGGGCACAGAGCCACUGGACACCCCUCUCCCCCCAGCUCUGGAUUUCCUGGACGCUUGACACAGUGCCCAGAGCAAACCAACCUCUCCUCUGGCUUCUGAAAUUCAGCCCAGCUUCUUGCACAGACACCCCCCUCGACUUCCCCCCAACCCCAUCCUCCCUUCCCUCCCUCAGCACCCUCAGGGCCUGGGGGAUUAUCAAGGUGAUGCUCCUCUCAUCCCUGCAACUGCCAUACAUGGCCCUUCCCCAGGGAGAGUUGGGGGGUUGGGAGGGGUUUUUUUAGUUUUCAAAUCAAUCUUGCUUAAAAAAAAAAAAAAAA